CCUUUUAGACCGCGCGGCGGCGAGAACAUGCAGCAACUUCUUCAUCAGCGGCAUAAAUCAGCAGGAGCGGUCGGCAGCGCUCUGGCGGUCCCUGCAGCUGGAUUCAAGGGACUUGCUAAACGUGCUGCCUUUGGUGAUGUGACAAACGUGUCUAAGGGCCUGGGAGGGCGUGGUGAGGAGCCCAAGGGUGUCAAAAAGGCCGCCAUCUUGUCCACGAAUCACGCGUCCGCAUCCUUUCUGAAUAAGGAAAACGCGGUAAAGACUAGCAAAGAUUCCCUCUCGCGACCUGCACAGCGACCCGCAGCUCUGGCAGGCAACAAAUCCAAGGCCACGACGACCGAAGCUCGUGCGGAGCCUCUGCAGAAGAAGCCCGCAAGCAUUCCCGCAAAACACAACACCACCAAGAAUGGCCUCACACAAAAGAAGGCCUCGUCCAUUCAGGCUGUCCCCGAGACGCAUUCGAAGCAACCUCGUCAUCAUAAGAGCCAGCCGCAGCUCAAACAGCAACAACCAACUCUGCGAAGAACCCAGAGCAAGGCCGAGAAGGGCGAGAAGGCUGAGAAGGUCGAACGCGCUCCCAAUGGCCCAGGCAUCGCUGAGGUCGAUAUCGAACCUCUAUUAAUGCCUGCCUUGAUUGAGGAAUUCCUGGGAAGCGACGAUUCUUACCUAGACUCGCUCAAUUUACCGCCUGAGAAGGCCUCCCGUGCAGACGUGAAUCACGAUGACAGCCAUGUUGAAGUGUUGCCGCCCAAGCUCCCAAAUAUAUCCGAGGAACCCGCCAUCAAUAUUGAAAACUACAAGGAGGGCCAUACUCUCGCACUCUCCGAAGUUGAGGAAUACUGGGACGAAGAGGAAGAGGAAUAUGACGAUCAAGAUCAGGGUUACACGACGGCUCAUUCGACUCGAUCUCGCGAUAUGACGUUAGGAAACGCCACGACCAUUCUCGCCCCACGAGUAACCAGCCGCGUGCAGCGUGAGCUAGACGAAGCCAGAAUCGAAGUCGAACAGACCAUAACCCCAGAAGAGAUUGACGAGGAGAUGUGGGAUGUCAGCAUGGUUGCCGAGUACGGCGAAGAGAUUUUCGAGUAUUUGAGAGAAAUGGAGAUUAAGAUGCUCCCCAACCCCCAUUAUAUGGAAAUGCAAACAGAGAUCCAGUGGUCUAUGCGGACUGUCCUUAUGGACUGGUUGGUGCAGGUGCACCAUCGCUUCAACCUUUUACCAGAGACGCUCUUCCUUACCGUCAACUACAUCGAUAGGUUCCUAUCGUGCAAGAUUGUUUCUAUCGGAAAGCUGCAGCUGGUGGGGGCUACAGCCAUCCUGGUUGCGUCCAAGUACGAGGAAAUCAACUGCCCCUCAUUGGACGAGAUUGUCUACAUGGUGGACGGCGGCUACACAACGGAGGAUAUCCUAAAGGCUGAGCGCUUUAUGCUUAGCAUGCUCGGUUUUGAGCUGGGAUGGCCAGGCCCCAUGAGCUUCUUGCGACGUGUCAGCAAGGCCGAUGACUAUGAUCUCGAUACCCGCACUUUGGCUAAAUAUUUCUUGGAGCUUACUAUCAUGGAUGAGCGGUUUGUGGCCUCGCCUCCGAGCUUUCUCGCUGCCGGCGCGCAUUGCCUCUCUAGGCUCAUUCUGAACAAGGGCGAAUGGACCAAGCGCCACGUUCAUUACUCGGGCUAUACAUGGAGCCAACUCAAAUCGUUGGUGACAAUGAUGAUUGAGUGCUGUGAAAACCCCGCCAAGCAUCACGGAGCCGUCUUUGAGAAAUAUCGAGAGAAGAGAUUCAAGGAGGCGUCCGUUCAAGUCCAGCACGCCCUCGAUGCUGGAUUCACGCUUCCACACCAUUCGACACCUGUUCGUCGCCUGCAAUCAGCCCGCCUUCCAAGUGCCACUGAGCUGCAAUACGGGAGCCUUCUCAUCCCCAUAGAAGGGUGA